UUGGCUGUGUUCAAAAGUGGUGUUGUAUAAGUAGAUAUUUUGGUGCUAAGUCGCCUGUUUUGGCAUUUUGUGUACUAAAAAGUUCGCGAACUUCUCGUCAUCGUUCGAUACAUUAGUCGCUCAAGUAAAAAAUCCACAUUCACAAUGCCAAACACAGAAAUGAAAAAAUAAAGCCAGCCAAAGCCCGAUGAAAAAGCAAACAAGCCCGAAGCUCACAAAUCACGGAGCCCCCGCAACAAAAGACAAUACAGCGGAAAAUGUAUCUUUCGAGCGAAGUCCGUGUAACACAUUUUUUCAAAGCCAUCCGUUCAUGUGCAUUAGAUGAUUUUCCAACUAUGUAGAUACAUUAAUUCAGUUUCGGAGUGCUUCCCAACGAAAAGAAACCGUUUGAAAGGAAUAAAAUUAAUUUGAAGAGGCGAUGGUUCGGUGAAAAACUAUGGCCUUCAAAGUCCCACCCAGUUAGAAGGAUAUGUGCGUGUGUGUCUCCAUGUGAAAGAAAUUAACAUAUACUGUUUACGUGCCUCCAAUUAUAAAAUAAAAGUUAUGCCCGUGCUGACAUACUUCCAUGCAAUAGAAUUAGCAUCACGUACAUAAAAGUACACCUACAUAUAUCCGUACGUACAGAUGUUCGUGUAGAAAGCCAAAAAGAAGCAAAAGGGUUUGUUAAUCAUGGGAUCUUGUGAGCCAAUCACAACUGCCAGAUAAAAUGAGGGUUAUCCUGAUUGCUCAAGCGAACCCCAAAAAGGCGUUGACAGUAAUUAAUCAUAUUUGUUAGCAGCAGAUCCACUAAUAAAAACGAAUAUGGAGCCAAAUCAUUAUUACUGCCGAGGUGCCAUGCAGCAAACCUCCUCGACGCCGAUUCCACAACACUCGUCGAACAAACUCAGCUAUGGAAUGAAUGCGGGGCAGGAAUAUGUGGCAUGCAAUUCCGGGCAACCGCAACCGGGUUACAACUCGAAGGAUUUAGUGCCGCGCAAUGGGAACAAUAAGUCGCUCGGUGGGAACAGCAACAUGGGGAGUCCGUACGGAGGAUCUGUCUGCAGCAACAGUGGCCAAUGCAGCAAGAAUACUGCCAACGCUGGGAACUAUAUCAACAUAAUGACCGUUCCACUGGGAACUUUGCAGUAUAAUCGAAAAAAGCUAUCUACUCAAGACUACGAAUCGCAUUUAUAUUACAACACCACGGAUGUCAAGUGUCGCGAUGAUUACUAUAUAGCCAAUAAUGCGGCAGGAGCAAUGCCGCAACACCAAACCCAACAGCAGCACUUGCACCAGCAGCAACAUCAACAACAGCAGCAACUCCAACAACACCAACAACACCAGCAACAUCAGCAACACCAGCAACACCAGCAACAUCAGCAACAUCAGCAACAUCAGCAGCAUCAGCAGCACCAGCAACACCAACAACAUCAGCAACACCAGCAACAUCUACACCAACAACAGCAACAGGCCAACUUUCUCCACAUCCAGCAGUCCCUUCAGCAUAAUCACCAGUUGAACCAUCCCGAACCCAUCCAUCAGUUGCCGCAAUUACAGAGCUCGGUGGCCGAUCCGCCAGAUGCCUUCGACAACUGUGCGAUCUUCCCGAGCGCCGGAGGCAGUGGCUCCGGAAGUGGUCGGGUGGCGGCCACCCAGACCCAUCAGAACAGCUCCAAUGUGGUCACGUGUGACCAGCAGCAGGUGCCCGUCUCCUUGGGCUCCGUCAACAUGCCCGUUCCCCCGAUCAUGUACACCGUGCACCGGGUGGUGACCACGGCCCAGAUCCAAACGGCGGUGGGCAGCACCUUCGCCUCCUCGGCCAGCGUUUCCAGUGUGGUCAGCACGGGUCAGAACGAGGGUGACUGCCUGUCGCCGGCUCAGGUGUCCUCCGCCAUGAACGCCACCGGGAAUACUCCCUGUCUGACCGGAAUCUCCGACCUGGGCGCCAAUAUGAUGAAUAACGCAAGUGCACUUUGUCCCCUUUCCGACUUGAGAAGUCCCAACGGAGUGCUUCCCAAUUCCCAAUUCAUGCCACAACAUCACAAGUGCAACAAUGGCAAUGAUGCCCAGGCCAAUCCUGCAAUCCAAAAACGGAUAAUGGCCACAAGCUCAACUUCGAAUUUCGCAAAUGCUGGGAAAGCUGCUUCCAAUCUUACCCGAGCUCUCCAAAACGUUAUCCCCACUUGCGUAUAUCUUAUGUCUCGGGUGGCUGUUCACAUGGAGAUCGAGGGCACUGCCCAGUGUCCUUCGCAGGUGAUGUUGGCAGCUGCCUUGGGUUGCGAGGAGCUGGGAAUAUCCAACAAAUUGCUGGCACAGAGUGUCUUUGGCUUGUGGAUGACGAGUGCUCUGCUGGAGAUGCAGCUGAAGGCCCAUCACUGCCCCUAUAUUGUGCGAGUCGCGUGGCCCAGUUUGCUCCAGAAGUUCAGCAACAGCAGUCCAAGUGAUCGGAAGUUUGACGAGCCCAUGAUAGUAUUGAAAAGAAAUGUUUUCUUCUCCAAACGAGACGAGGAAAAGAUAAAGGAUCAUCGAAUCUUGGAACUCCUUUAUGAAGAGGCCAGAAAUAAUGUGCUGACAGGGAGAUAUAUAAUGGAGCCAGUACAUUCUCUAAUGUUGGGUGGAAUUCAGGCUCGAAUCGAACUGGGACCUUAUAAUUCCCACACCCAUACAAUAGGAUUCUUUCGGGAAAACCAAGCUAGAUUUUUGCCACCUCACGUUGCCAAGAGUUCGACUUGGUUGUGGCUACCUAUAAGCCAAAAGAAUUCUGCGGAGGUCAAACUUUUGGAACAGUUUAAACGGGUUCCCCAAACAGCCACCACCAGGAAAUUGAUGAGGAAAUAUCUGGAAUUCUGCUGGGCACUACCAUUCUAUGGUGCGGCUUAUUUCCAUGGCCAAAUAGAACAACCUGUUAGGGGAAUUAUGGCACUGGUCAACCAAAAGGAUAUGGAGGUUUUAGUUGCAGUAAAUGAAAGGGGAGUUUUUGUAAUAGAUCCGUACGAAUGUACCCUCUUGCUGGGAUUGCGAUACGAGGAUUUGUCCUGGGAUUAUGCAAAGCCAAGUGCCAGUGAUGAUCCCGAAUGCCUCACUUGUAUAUUUCUGCAGUUUGAUGCUGUCGAGAACGGCAUACAAGUAUCAAAACUUAUGCAAAUAUUUUCCAAGCAAGCUGCCAUGAUAGACGCACUUAUAUCACAUUUUACGGAUCAAAUAAGGAACAAGAAACAAGAGGGUAACACACAAGAACCUUUUCACGAUGAGCCAAAUCCUAUUCAAAAUAAUGGAAAUGGAGUGUUAUGCAAUAAGCUGUCUCGAUUGACUUUGGCCACCUUCGACGAAGAGGGAGGUCGCUGCAUUGGGCAAAUGGGAUCAUUAUCUAUAAGCUAUUAACAUUUGUUACUAACGAUAAACUAAAUUUAAGUUAAGGGGUGUUAAAUAAAAAUUCACGCAUAUAUUCACGAUUGUUGAUAAAUUCCCAUAAAUAUAAUCACAGUAAAUUUUUAGCAAAUGGAAUCUACAUAUUCACAGUCAUCUACAAAAUGCAUUCCACUACUUUUAGUUGUUUUCUAAUUUUACUCAAACGCAAUAUCAUUGGUUAUUUCUUGAAUAAUUUUUAGAGUUAGAUUAAACUAAAGAUUGUUUUUGCUAAAUGCACUUGAGUGACCCCGAAAGUUAAAAUUCGCACCCAAUUUAUAUUUAUUUCCCUGCUCAAGACCCCAUUGGUUUCUAAAGAAAUGCAUGAAUAUUGUAUCUUGAUUGUUGACAUUUAUUACCUUUCACGAUUUAAGAGCCACUCACAAUUGUUCGGAUUCAAUGGUAAUUACAAAAUAAUGCCCCCAAAAAGUUAUCUCAUUUUAUUUACCUUUAAGGUAAGGCAUGUAGUAUAUGUUAAGAUAUAUACAUAUAUGGGUAUGUGCAUUUGACGUAUGCGUUCAGAAUUAGUUUAAUAAGCCUUCGACUGAAACAAAUUAUGUAUAUAAUAACAAUAAAGUGUAUGUACAAAAUGUAAGGGCGAACUGCCAACAUAGGUUAUGUAUAUAUUUAAAUUUGUAUGUAUGUAUAAAUUGAGACUUAAAAUAAAUACCGUUUCCUCAUAUUUAUACAGCAAGUACUAAAAAAAUUAAAAACCUUUGGGUUUCGUGUUAAAAAUUGCACUAACUAUUCAAUUAAGAUUUGAAUCAUUUAUUUUAUCGUGCUAUGAUUUAAAAAACAUUUUAUUUUAAUAAUUUAUUAAACCCACAAAGCCUUUAUUACAAUAAUAGUAACUCAAUCCGCUUGCAAAAUUUCAGUUACAUAUUGUUUCUGUCAUUUUAGGUUUUCUAACAAAUCAAUAGAUUUAAUUUUUAAACUUAAAUAACAAUUAAAUAAAAAAUAAAAUAUAAUUAUAGUUAUAAUACACAGCUACACGGAAAUUAAUCAAUACAUGUAGGUGUAAUCUAAUAAAUUAUAGUUAAUAGAAAAUUUAUUUAAAUAUGUGUAAAUCAAACAUAAUACUAAAGGCUA